GCGACCCCAGCAUGAAGAGCGGGAAUGGCAUCCCGGCGCGCUGCGUUUAUCUGGAAGAAAUGGCCGCAGACCUGGACGACCAGGACUGGCUGGACAUGGAUAACGUCGAGCAGGUAGGGCAGUCGGCCCGGCGCUUCACCGGGGACGGCCACGGGGUUUUUGGGCAUGAGGCUGCGGAAGGAUUGGGAUUUGCUGCCGACCGGGACGCUGGGGAGAGGCAGAUUCUGCGCUACCUCUACGCCUGCUUCCGGAGGGCGAGAGAGGAGAUAACCAAGGUGCCGGAGAACCUGCUGCCCUUUGCCGUGCGCUGCCGGAACCUGACGGUGUCGAACACCCGCACCGUCCUCCUCACCCCCGAGAUUUACGUCAACCAGAACGUGUACGAGCAGCUGGUGGACCUGAUGCUGGAGGCGCUGCGAGGGGCGCACUUUGAAGACGUGACGGAGUUCCUGGAGGAGGUGGUAGAAGCCUUAACGAUGGACGAGGAGGUGCGGACGUUCGGGGAGGUCAUGCUUCCGGUGUUCGAUAUCCUGUUGGGCAGGAUCAAGGACUUGGACCUCUGCCAGAUCCUGCUGUACACGUACCUCGACGUGCUGCUCUACUUCACGAAGCAGAAGGACAUUGCGAAGGUUUUUGCUGGCUACAUCCAGCCCAAGGAUCCCAGCAACGGGCAGACGUACCAGAAGGCUUUGCUGGGGACCGUUUUAAACAUCUCCUGCUUGCUGAAGACGCCUGGCGUAGUGGAGAACCAUGGCUACUUCCUGAACCCAUCCCGAUCCAGCCCACAGGAGAUCAAAGUGCAGGAAUCCAAUAUCCAUCAGUUCCUGGCCCAGUUCCACGAAAAGAUCUACCAGCUGCUGAAGAACCUCUUGCAGUUGUCUCCAGAGACAAAGCACAGGAUUCUCUCCUGGCUGGGGAACUGCCUCCACGCCAACGCCGGCCGCACCAAGAUUUGGGUGAACCAGAUGCCGGAGAUCUUCUUCCAGAUGUACGCCUCCGACGCCUUCUUCCUCAACCUGGGAGCUGCCCUGCUGAAGCUGUGCCAGCCCUUCUGCAAACCAAAGUCCCCGAGGCUGCUCACCUUCAACCCCACCUACUGCGCCCUGAAGGAGCUGAACGAAGAGGAGAGGAGGAGCAAGAACGUGCACAUGAGGGGUUUGGAAAAAGAAACGUGCUUGAUACCCGCCCCGAGCGAGCAGGAGCCGGAGUUUGCCAACAGCUACAACCUGGUGACGGAAAACCUGGUCCUCACGCAGUACACCCUUCACCUGGGAUUCCACAGGUAG